AUGCCUGCUGAAAAAUUAUUUAGUGGAAUUUUUUACAAUCAAAAAAUCCUAUUUAGUUUUAAUGUUAAAGCUUCUUCAUCAAAAGAUCAAAGUUGUUAUAAUUUAGCAUCUACAAAUUUAAUAGAGGCUAAAAUGUUUGGAGUUGAAAAAUGUUCUACACUAAGUAUACAGAAUGCGAUACAAUGUCUAGGUGAUAUAGAGAUCCUAUUUCCUAUUAUCAUGCAGUUUGACAAUCUAAAUUCCAUUGCUUUUCAAGCAAUAGACGAAUUACAAGAUGAUUUUUUCUCCUUUGAAGGCCCAUGUAGAGUUUUUUUUGUCCUUUUAACAUCACUAUUACAAAACAAUCCAAAAAGUCAAAAUCACAUCAUAAAAAAUCAAGGCAUCAAGGUCCUUAGUCUACUACUUCAACAAAUUGGUCCAAGACACUUUUCUAUAUCAUCUUUUAAAAGUAUGCUUACACUGGCAAGCACACUAGAAUCAUCCAAUGAAACUCUUGUAAAUGAAGUUUAUAAGCAUUUAAUAUUCGAAUUUAGAUUGUGGAUGUAUGCAACUGUUGAUAUACAAAAGUAUUGUAUUGAAUUUUUGAAAAAUUUUAUUGAUGCCAGAAAACAAAUGUGUCGAGAUCUAUUUGGUAUUCAAUUUUUUUUGGAUGUCCUUCAAAAUGUUUAUUGGUAUAGGCAAACUUACAUCUCUGUACCACACAGACACCUUGCAUCAGGUACUAAUAGACCAAAAACAUCUCAAGUUAAAGAACUUCGUGGAAUGAUUGUUAGCAUUAUUCUUGGUUAUUUCAAAGAUGAAAUUAAAAAGGAUGAGGUUUUGGUUAUUUUUAGAAAUUUAUUGGUUAAUGAUGAUGAUGCACACAUUGUUGAAAUUUUAAAUAUGAUUUUGACUUUAUUACAAAAAAACAAUUCAAAUAGAGAUAUGAUUGAUAUUAUCUCAUCUUAUGGUGGAUUUGAAUUUCUGUGUGAAAUGUUGAAACGAAGAGAUGAAAAUGUUCGUUUGAAUUCUAUCAGAAUAAUCACAUAUUUAAUUUCUUGCCCUUUGACUCCAAUUCAACUUGUAAAGAAGCUUAGAUUUGAAGGGUCGGGUAUUAACAAUCUAUUAAAGUUAAUGGAUGGUGAAUCAUUAACCAUUAAUAUUUAUUAUGCAUUGUUGGAUUGGGCAUCUGAAAAUUUUAAUUUGGCUAAAGUGACAUGUGAAAAGGAACUUGAAUCAUCAUCACCAUCCACCACAACCGCCUCCAUGAUGAAAAUGAUCCAAGUUAAAAAUUUUCAAAUAAUUCUCUUGAUUUUGGCAUUACUAAACUCUGAGGGCACAAAAAGAAAUGACAAAUGUAGAAUUCUUAAAGACUUGAUAGAAAUAUUUACACUUAAUAUUUCAUAUUGUACAGAAAUAAAUAAUGAUUAUUUAUGGCUUUGGCAAAAAUAUCUCAUCCGACUUAUGCCUGUAUUUGGCAACCAAGAAGGUAUUCUAGCACAAAAGGAAAAUAAAGUUACUUCAGAUUGGGCUUUAGAAUUUUUAGCAAUUAUUAUAUGGAAUCUUUUUGAGGUCAAUCGUGAUGGCUAUCGAGUUGCUGAAGAAACUAUAAUCUAUUUAUGGACAAGUGAUAGACAAGAUUCUUUAGAAACAAUUCGUUCUUUAUUAAUACAACUUUUGACAUUAACCACUAAAGAAUGUAAAAAUUCAAUUGGUGGUUCUUUUUCCAUUAAAAAAUUGGAAAAUGUGAUGUAUUUAAUAUCCUUAACUGAAGAAAUGAUUUUUAAUCAUAAAGAUUUAAUUCAGACAUUAAUCCAAAAACAAAAUUCAUCUGUACAAAAAAGUGAUAAUUCUCCAUCAGGAAAAUCUACAUUUACUUCACAGAAACAUGAUGAUAUGAUCUUUCAAAGUCCAAGUAAUCCAUGGGAAGAUAAUAAGACUUUAGCUCAAUUGUAUUUUGAUGUUGUUGAUAUGCUAGAUACAGCUGGGAAUUGGAGAAUGGAUUUACCAAGUAAUAAAAAUGGAACAAUGCAACCUGGUGAUUUAUGUAGAAUGGUAAUGAGAAUUUUAGUUGCUGGUAUUACAAUCUCAGAUCAAGAAUUACGUGAAAAAUGUAUUAAUCAAUUAGUGGAAUUUCUUAAAAGACAUGUAAGAUUACUACCUGAUUCAAUUUCUACUACUGGUGGUGUUAAUGAUGAUGCCACAACAACAACAGAUAAAAAAAUUUUGGGAGAAUUUUAUUGUCAUGAUAGUGAUAUUUUUCAACAACUUAUUUUCUUACUUUUGGGUGAAAUUCAUGAUGCGUUUAAUGCAUCAAAGAUGACAAAUGGUGAUUAUGAUUAUAAAAUAACGGUAUUAUAUUAUUUUGCUAUAUACAAAUGCCGCAAUUAUCUAACUCUUCUUAGUGGUGAUGAUAAUCCGAUUUUUGAUGAAGUUUUUGAAUCCAUAUGGUCAGGAUCAAAAUUAAAUAUUCCUAUCUUUACAAAAUUUGUUGAAUCGCUUAAUUGGAUGGUAAUACUUGAUAAGUAUGCAGUCCAAGCAAUGAGAGAUGCAGUUGAUGUUGAAUUUUCAACGGUAAAACGUAUGUUAGCACAUUUUACGAAAAAAUUAGAUAUGUUCCUACAUCGCUCGAGAAAAGAAGAAUCAGUAAUACUUAAGCUGGAGGAGAUUUUUGACAAAAAUUUAAAUCUGAUCAUCAAAUCUUAUCAAGAUGAGGAAAUUUCUCAUCUAAAUAGUCUUGAAAUUGAAAAGAAAAAUGAUUAUAUCAGGACUUCAAGAAGAUGGUUAUCCAAGUUUCAUGAAUUGACUCAAGAACGUGGUGUCUGGUCAAUAGGAGGGAAUAAAACUGCUGCUGAUAUCCAUUGGAAACUUGACAAAAAAGAAAAUUAUUCAAGAAUGAGGCGAAAGCUUACAACCAAUUAUGAUUAUGAUCCGCAUCUUGAAGCAAGUGCAAAAAGAAAUAAAAUGCAUAAAUUAAACAGCAACAAUAAUAAUUCAUCAGCAUCUCAAAAUAAAAUCAAAAAUAUUCAAAGAUUAAGAAGGGCAUCAUCAUCAUCUAAUGAUAAUAAAUUUGGAUAUAAUCCACCACCAUUUUUGAAUUCAAUUGAACCAUUAGCAGAUGGUAAUUGGGCUUUUAAUAUAACUUCUUUAAUCUCUGAAUCUGAUAUCACAGAAGAAUCAGAGGAUCAAGAAUGGAAUAUUGUCGUGGGUGAUGAUGUAGUUGAUGUUUUUGACCUAUCAUCUGAUAAAUUUAUAUUUAAAGCAGAUUGUGAACUAAUAAUACAGUUAUCUGCCAUCAAAGGUCAUUUAGAACUUACUACUACUCAUUUAUCAUUCAUAUUGGAUCAUCAAGAUUUGUUGGAACAACUCAACAAUAUUGAACAAGGCUCUAUCAUUCUAGAUAGUGAGAUGCUACUAGACAAAAAAUGGCCUAUUUCAGAUAUACGAGAGAUUCAUAUGAGAAAAUACCUUUUGAGAAAUAGUGCUCUCGAAUUGUUUCUUACAGAUCAAACCAACUAUUUUUUUAAUUUCUCAAAUCCAAAAGAUAGAAAAGCCCUUCAUUCAAAAAUAAUAUCAUUUCAUCCACCCUCAAUGAUCAAUCAAGAUACUCACGAUCCCAUCAUGAUGUUUUCAAGGUCAAAUUUGACAGGACGUUGGCAAAGGCAUGAAAUUUCCAAUUUUGAAUAUUUGAUGCAUCUGAAUAGUUUUGCCGGAAGGUCUUACAAUGAUUUGUCACAAUAUUUUGUAUUUCCAUGGAUUUUGUGUGAUUAUGAGUCGGAUACAUUAGAUUUGUCUAACCCCAAAAUUUAUAGAGACUUGUCUAAACCAAUAGGAGCUGUUAACCCCACAAGACUGGAACAAUUUGUUGAGCGGUAUGAGUCCUUUUAUGAUCCUUCUGGACGUAUAAAGCAAUUUCAUUAUGGAACACAUUAUUCAAGUGCAGCAACAGUGGCUUGUUAUCUAAUUCGUUUAGAACCAUUCACAUCUAUAAAUAUUUCAUUACAAGGAGGAAAAUUUGAUCAUGCUGAUAGACAAUUCCAUUCUAUCCAAGGAGCUUGGAAAGCUUGUUUAAAUUCUAGUGGUGAUGUCAGAGAAUUGAUUCCAGAAUUUUUCUAUCUUCCAGAAUUUUUGGUAAAUCAUAAUAAAUUUGAUCUUGGAGUUCGACAAGAUGGUGUAUCGGUAGAUGAUGUUAAAUUGCCAAAAUGGGCAAAAUCCCCUGAAGAUUUUAUUCGUAAGCAUCGAGAAGCAUUAGAGUCUGACUAUGUAUCAAAAAAUUUACAUCAUUGGAUAGAUUUGAUUUUUGGAUAUAAACAAACUGGAGAAGAAGCUGUUAAAGCAUAUAAUGUGUUUUAUUAUUUAACAUAUGAAGGUGCUAUUAACAUUGAAAGUAUUCAAGAUCCGAUUGAAAGAAAAAGUAUUGAACAACAAAUUUAUCAUUUUGGUCAGACACCCACUCAACUUCUCAAAGAACCACAUCCCAAACGACUUCCUAGUAAAAAAAUUUUGAAAAAAAAAAAAUUGUUGAAUUCCUUAGAUUGUCAGAAAUAUUUCUCAUUGAAAUCUAAUCAAUUAGUUUUUGUUGAUUUGCCAUUGCCUGACUCUAUAAACUUUUCUGCAAUUGAUUUGCAACAAAUUAUCACUGUUGAUGAAAAUGGAUUAGUUGGUAAACAUAAUCUUUUGCCUGAACCAACGGCUCCAGAAAUAAAAAGAUUUGAAGUAGAUCCUGGCUUACAGUAUAAAAGUCAAUUGGGUAGUCCAUUUUCUUUUGAUGUAAAAAUUACACCAAGAAGUUUUGCGUGUAGUAAAGAUGGGAAAGUUCUUAUAAGUUGUGGACAUUGGGAUAAUUCAAUAAAAGUUACAUUGACAGAGACAGGAAAGAUUAAUGACAGCAUAUCAGGACAUAAUGAUAUCCUUUAUUGGAUCAGUGAAGAUGGAAGAAUUGUUGUUACAGGUUCAAGGUCUCCUGAUUUGUUAUCUUGGAAGAUCAAUAUGACUGAUGAUUUUGAAUUUUUAAAUAUUGAACAUACACCCAUGCAUUCAUAUUAUGGCCAUGAUGACGAGAUUACCUGUAUUGUUGUUAAUGCAGAACAUGACAUAUUGAUAAGUGGAUCAAAAGUUAAUAUUACUUUAAUAGUUGAUGGAACAUGUAUCAUUCAUUCAUUAAGAAAUGCAAAUUACAUACGAACAUUAUGUCCAUUUGAAGAUGAGGAAUCAUCUGUUGAAUAUGUAUGCAUAACCAAAGAUGCUAACAUAGUCAUAUAUACAGAAUAUAAAAAUGAAUAUUUUCUUCAUACUUAUAGUAUCAACGGAAAACUUUUAAAUUCAAUGGAACUUUCUGCUAAAAUAGAACAUAUGAUUUCUUCAACUGAAAGCAAUUCAAUAGUUACAACAACCGAUGGAGAAGAUGGAGAAGAUGAAAAAAGUUUUAUUAGAAUAUAUGAUGUUUUAAGCCUAGAGUUACGUCAUGAAUUCACAGUUCCAUUAAUUGCAAAUUGUCUUAAAUUAAGUAAUAAUGAUAUGCAAAUAUGGAUAGCAGGAAAUAAUGGCAAAUUAUUAAUAGUUUCCGAUAACGAUUAUUCAAUAAAUGAAUAUCAUCAACUAUCAGAAGAGACCAUGGAAAAAUUAUAUGAAAAUUUGGAAAGUCUAGGAGAAGAAAUAAAUAUCAAUGAUUAUGACGUUGAAUAUUCUUAUCUUUGUGCAAUUGGAAAAUUCAGUGGGCCAAAACGUUAUGAUUAUGAUUUCAAAGAUGAAAAGUGGAUUUAUCAUCAUGAAAAUUCAACCUUGGAUGAAUUAUUAAAUAACGAAUUAUCACAAAUUUUCAAGAAAGAU